GACCAUUUGAAGGUCUGCUCCCAAGGCUACACAUGCUGCUCACAAGAAAUGGAGGAGAAGUACAGUCAGCAAAGUAAACACGACUUCAGGAAUGCUGUGGUGGAGCUCAGCAAUCACUUACAAACGAUGUUUAGUUCCCGAUACAAGAAGUUUGACGAGUUCUUCAAAGAACUGCUUGAGAACGCCGAGAAGUCGCUGAACGACAUGUUCGUGCGGACUUAUGGCCGUUUGUACAUGCAGAACUCGGAGCUGUUCAAGGACCUCUUCGUGGAGCUGAAGCGCUACUACGUGGGUGGCAACGUCAACCUGGAGGAGAUGCUCAACGAGUUCUGGGCCCGCUUGCUGGAGCGCAUGUUCCGCCUGGUCAACCCCCAGUACCACUUCACGGACGAGUACCUGGAGUGUGUCAGCAAGUACACGGAGCAGCUGAAGCCCUUCGGGGACGUGCCCCGCAAGCUGAAGCUGCAGGUGACGCGGGCGUUCGUGGCCGCCCGCACCUUCGCGCAGGGCCUCGCUGUCGCCAGGGACGUCGUGAGCAAAGUGUCUGCCGUGAGCCCCACACCACAGGGUACCCGAGCACUGCUGAAAAUGAUGUACUGCCCAUACUGCCGAGGUCUGGUGUCAGUGAAGCCCUGUUACAACUACUGCUUUAAUGUCAUGAGAGGCUGCUUGGCCAACCAAGGGGACUUGGACGCCGAGUGGAAUAUCUUUAUGGAUUCGAUGCUGCUGGUUGCGGAGAGGCUGGAGGGUCCCUUCAACAUCGAGUCAGUCAUGGACCCCAUUGAUGUGAAAAUUUCAGAUGCAAUCAUGAACAUGCAGGAGAACAGCAUGCAAGUGUCUCAGAAGGUUUUCCAGGGCUGUGGCCAGCCAAAAACCCUCGCCCAGGGCCGGAGCGCUCGCUCCCUCUCCGAGAGCGGCUUCAGCUCCCGCUUCAGACCCUACAACCCAGAGGAGCGACCCACCACGGCUGCUGGCACCAGUUUGGACAGACUGGUUACGGAUGUGAAAGAGAAGCUGAAGCAAGCCAAAAAAUUUUGGUCAUCUCUCCCUGGCAACAUUUGCAACGAUGAAAAGAUGUCUGUAGGCACUGUCAAUGAGAACGAGUGCUGGAACGGGAGCGCCAAGAGCAGGUACGACUUUGCAGUGACUGGAAAUGGCUUAGCAAGUCAAGUGAAUAACCCAGAGGUAGAAGUUGAUAUCACCAAGCCAGACAUGGUGAUUCGUCGGCAAAUCAUGGCUCUGCGGGUGAUGACCAACAAGCUGAAAAAUGCCUACAGUGGGAACGAUGUCGACUUCAUUGACAUAAGUGAGGAGAGCAGCGGGGAGGAGAGCGGCAGCGGCUGCGAGCUCCAGCAGUGCUCCCCGGAGUUCGAGUUCAACGCCACCGAGGUCGCCGGGAACUCCAACAAGAGCAAUAAGAACGUGAACACUUCUGCUGCCCCCAGGAGCAGCUCCUCACAAGCAGCCUUGCUCCUUAGCAUUUUCUUCUUCUUGGCCGUGCAAAGACAAUGGAGAUAAUUGUGCAGCGUAGGGGUGGGGAGGGUGGGGGGGAGGAGAAAAAAGACUUUUAUUAUCAAAGUUAGAAGGCACCUGCUUUCACUUUUAUACCAUCUAGGGACUUUGCUUUUUAAGUUAAUGGACAACAGUGUACAGUUUUUACUUUGUUGCCACUGGUUUUAAGAUACUGAUUUAUUUUUUUUUCCCCUUGCUAUUCUGGGAAUAACAAGAACAGGGACUACCAGUCUGCCCCGUUCACCAAGAGUCUGUGUUAGAGGUGGAUAACAAAAAUGUAUAUACAAGCCUGUAGUUAGCUCUGCAUUUGUGUCUUUAUCACGUUUUUUUUUUUAAAUUUUAUUUUAUUUUACCGUAUUUCUUAUGAAAGCAAAAAAAAACAACCCACAACAAACCAGCACCCAGGGUCCUCUCUUGGCCUGUCACAAGUAUGUGUUUCUAAAAUGGGCAAUAUCUGUACAGAGGCAGGUUUUAUUUAUCAUGUUAUCUUACAGGGGAAAAAAAACUGCCCAAUGAGCAGAAAAUGUGUUUCAUGUAGUUAACUUCCCAUUUAUCCACGUUAUGUUAGUUGCCUUAUCUGGAAAGAAGUGGAAGUGAUUUGUCUUUAUUAAGCAGUAAAAGAAGAGGUGAAGG